GGUAGGCUACAUUAUAGUCUGCAUGGCGCAACAAGUCUCCUAGGGACAGUUGUUAUGGUGACAAUAAACUGUCCAUGGGAACAUGGGAGAGGCGGGACUGCGCAAGACUGGAGAGUGGACUGGUCACUGGCAGAGUGAAAGGCAGACAGUAAGGACUCACCGGACCGGACCGUGUGUGGCCAGAUGAGAGGAACCUAUGGGUGACGUGACGGUAUAGGGUGAACUUCUACAGAUGGUCCCAUCUUGAGCAGGAUGCAGCACAUGCCAUCACCCCCUGUGGAGGGGAGGGGGCAUCGCCGUCUGCUCAGCCUUCCAGUAAUUAACCCAGACAGACUGAGAACAGCCAAGGCCCUGGUGGAGAAAGCUGUUAAAUUGCGAAGGGUGUUCUCUGUGCAGGGGCCCUACCCAGUGAUCCGCGCUGCGUUGCGGGCGAGAGGCUGGGUGGAGCGCCGUCUCCCACGGCUCUCCCAACCAGCAGUUCAUUGCCAUGGUGACGAGGACGAGGAUGGAGAUUGUGAUGACAGCAAUGAUGACAAUGACCGAGGAGUGGAGGGAGAGAAGGAGGAAGACCCUGAUGACAUGUAUAGCCUCCUGUCACGUUUGGUUCGAAAUGAAACAUCUUACUUUUAUUGGACGACACGGAGAGAUUCUAUAGACUGUCACUCAUUAAGGAAGGACCAAAUGACCAAUCACUUCGCAAAGGCUGGCACUUUCACUACCAAGGUGGGGCUGUGCCUGAACUUGAGGAACCUCCAGUGGUUCGAUGCUGCAGACCCAGACACUUUCUUCCCUCGAUGCUAUAGGCUUGGGGCGGAGGAUGAGAAACAUGCCUUUAUUGAGGACUUCAGGAGGACUGCAUGCACCAGCUUGCUCCAGUAUAUAGUGGAGAGGAGUGGUGGGGUGGGAGAGGACAUCAUGAAGGAAGAUCAUGCAUCAGGGGAAUCUAAGGGACUUAGGAAACAAUACAAGCACAGGGGAACUCGGACUGUCAGUCCUGGAAUCAUUGACAGAGCCUUAAAUGUAUGCCAGGAGUUUCUCGACAGCUUAGAUCACAGUGAUAUUGAUGUCAUCAUGGAAACACCCCCCUGCUUAAGCGAGCAACAGUGGGCAGAGUUUAUACGUGACUACUACCUGCUUGUCCAUGAUGGUGGGUUGAUAGAGGGAGCAGGUGAGUAUGUGGAUCGCUGCCAGGCUAUGCUGACCACACUGCACGAGUUCUGUCCACAGCUGGACACUGAUGGGCUCCACAACAUCUGGAUUAUCAAGCCUGGGGCCAAGUCGCGGGGAAGGGGUAUCAUGUGUAUGAACCGUCUGGAUGACAUCCUGAGGCUUGUUGACAGUGACCCCUCCCUGAUCAAGGACAGUAAGUGGGUGGUGCAGAAGUACCUGGAGCGCCCACUGUUGGUCCAUGGCACAAAGUUUGACUUGCGCCAGUGGUUCCUCGUCACUGACUGGAACCCUCUGACCGUCUGGUUCUACCAAGAGUGCUACCUGCGGUUCUCCACCCAGCCAUACUCCACCCACACCUUGGACAGCUCGGUCCAUCUGUGCAACAACUCCAUCCAGAAGCACUUCCAGCCAUCCCAGCAGCGCCACCCAGGGGUGCCAGGAGACAAUAUGUGGUCCUGCUCAGAGUUCCAGGCCUUCCUGCGAGGGCAGGGCCGGGGGGCAGCCUGGGGGGCAGUUGUGGUCCCAGGAAUGCAGCAGGCUGUUGUCCAUGCUCUGCAGACAGCCCAGGACCUGGUGGAGGGGCGCAAGGGCAGCUUUGAGCUCUAUGGGGCAGACUUCAUGCUGGGCAGAGACCUUAGGCCCUGGCUCUUGGAGAUCAACGCCAGUCCCACCAUGGCAUCCUCCACGGCUGUUACUGCCCGUCUCUGUCCGGCGGUGCAGCUGGACACACUGAGGGUAAUCCUUGAUCGGCGGGCUGACCCAGGGGCCUACACGGGCGGCUUUCAGCUCAUCUAUAAACAGGCAGCAGUGGAAGUGCCUCAUUAUGUGGGGGUGAAUUUGUUCGUCGAAGGUGCUCCCUUUAGACGACCGCGGCCACCACUCCCAAGACACCAAGUCAACCCCGACCCCCCUCCAACCACUCAGCCCGUCUCCAACCAAUCAGCCUUAAAGUUAACACAUCGGACAGGCAUGCCCUCCAAUGACAAACCUACUGUAGCCUCUGGACGCCGCCCAUCAGGUAAAGAGAACCAUUUACAGGGGACAAAAAAGAAGCAACCACCAAUAGAAUCCCCCAAAAAGGAAUGUGUGGGCAGAACACUAAAGAGCCUCAAUGCCACUCCGACUCUGAAGUUGUCUCGCAGGUUGGCUCCAGAGCGCCCCCUGGUCCUGCACACUGAACCCCAGAAAAGAGUUUGUCAUGUAGGCUUAAGUCGGAGCAGUGUUGGGCCCCUCCGUCUGGUACCCAGAACUCUGUAUUACUCCCUUAACUCACCCUGCAGCACAUCAGACCCCCAACUCUCUUCCACCCUGGAACCUCGCACCUCCAUGCCCCUCAUACCAGGACCCACACUAGGACCCCCAUGCAGGGCACCUCCCUGGGGCCUGCCAACCCUCUACAGCCCCACCCCAGCCUUGGAGGUCUUCAGCUUGCGCCCCUCUGGACGUUUGCUAGGACGUCUCUGCCGCCCCUGUCCGAAACUCGCCUCCCACCCUGUUUUCAGUGUCCGCAUGCACCAAUUCCUCCCCCCCUUUCACAGGCAGGGCAUUGCCUCCUAUAAAGGGGGCAGUGCCACUGGAGGACCAGAGUCCUCUUGACCAGGCAGCUUGAUAGGGGGAAGGAGACUGGCAGGA